AUGUCGUCGUCGGCGGUGGUGACGUUCAAGGUAAAAAAAUGUGGUCUUUGAAAAUCUUUAGUGGUCACUUAAGAGGGCUCCUCAAUGAUUCCUUGGAGAGGACCCUAAAGUGAUCACUAAUAUAGAAGCCACUAUUUUGCGUCCUAGUGGCCACUAUAGUAGUUUUCGUGGGCUAAUAGUAUUGCUUAGACUUUAAAAGAGACCACUGAUUUUUUAACCACUUAAGGAACCACUAAUUCGACCACUGUAAGGGCCACUUAAACGUCAAAACCCUAAAGUGGCCACUUGAGUAGCUUUGGCGGCUUUUAAAAUGCUAAAAAGUGCGCUUUUGCACUGUUUUCCUGGCCUGAAAACUUAGGCUUCUGAAGAGGCUACUAUAAUGGCCACGAAAACUUGAAAACCCUUAAGUGGCCACUAGAAUAUUCUCAAGUGAAUAAUCUUGAAACUACACGUCAGUCCACAGUAGAACUUCCAUUAGUUUCAUUUCGGUUCAGAUUUGAGGAACAUAACAGAAAAAACUCGAGUGGCCCCUUAAGAGGUCCCUCAAGAACUGGUUGGACAGGACCCUAAAGUGGUCACUAAAACCACCCCUAUAGGAGCCAUAAUUUUGCGUCCUAGUGGCCACUGUAGUAGUUUUUAGUGGUCUAGUAGUGCCAGUCAGACUAUUUAAGAGGCCACUUUACUUUAACCACUUAAGGGGCCACUAAUUUGACUACUAUAGAGGCCACUUAAACGUCAAAACCCUAGAGGGGCCACUAGCAGUUCUCCCAGUGAUUUUUUUAGGUUAAAAUCGGGAUGAAUUGACUUGAAACAGAAUUUUUCUCAUUUUUUUCCGUUUUUGGAUGGAAAAAUUUAAUUUUUUGGAUGGUAAAUUUGAAAUUUAGUCUUUUUCAAGCUUGGUUCAGGUUCUCGAAAAAUCUUUGAUUUUUUUAUAAAAAAAUUGGUUUUUUUCUUUUUGUAAUGGAUCAGCUUCUGACGGGAGUGCAUUUACAAUUUUUCCAACCUAAAAAAAUUCAUUUUUCCGGCCAAUUUGAUGCGCGAAGCGGUCGCGACGCGUUUUGGCGCCAAUUUUGAAAAAUUUUGGCAUUUUUUUGAGAUUUUUUUGGGUUUCAACCAUAGCAAAUAGAUUUCAGAGCAGAUGCCUUAUUAACAAACUUCAAGAGUUCCCUAAAGUGAUAAUUUUUGACUUGGCGUGAAAAACGCGUCGCGACCGCUGCGCAUGCCAACUGCGAAUACCCAAAUUUUUUUUAUAAAUAAAAAAAAAUAAAUAUAUAAGAAUAAAAAAAAUAACGAAAGUAUAUUAAGGCGGUGAACGGCGGCGACGAGCCGAACGGCGCCGCCUCUGGAGUGAUCCGGCCGUCGGACCACGAGGCCAAGGAGAUGCCCCUGCCGCCGCCCUUGUUGGGACCCCAGUCCUCGACCACCCUGACCAACCAGCAAAGGGAGCAGCAGCACAAGGAGAAGCUCGGCCAUCGGAGGAUCGACAAGCAGGGAGAGGUAGAUUGGGAAAAAUAGGAAAAAUGUGGUUCCUUUGUGAUAAGAGAAGGAAGGGGUAGAAAAUCGUAAUAUUAAAAAUGAACGGAUUAAUUGGCUCAUUUUUGAGUUGGAGGGUACAAGCAGGAUCGACCCGGCCCGAAAAUGUGAUUUUUUUACUGAAAAUUCCACAAAAAUCUCCGGUGAAAAAUUUUUCAGUUAUAGUGAAAAAUGUUUUUUUAGAGCCUCAAGUCCAGCGCCAAGCGCCGUUUUGCCCGAGUAAACGGAACUUUUUUUGUUUUUUAUCUCGAAAGUUUACUUUUGAUUAAAUAAAUGCGCACAAAUGCCUGAAAAAUCGGAAAAGAACGUAUUAGAUAACUUGAAUAAUUCCUUUCUAGGAAACUCUUUCUUUUUUUAACGGAAGCAAGAUUUAUUUUUCGAUGAUAACGCGGUUUUUCUGAUGGCUGAGCUUCAAAAAAUACAUAGAUUUUCAGAAAUCGGAAAAGUUUUCCUGUUGGAAUAAAAAAAAAUGACUUUUUCGCGUUUUCCCAAUCAAAAGUUCAAUGAAAAUUUGAAACGAAUACAAUAAUUGAUUGUUUUUUUUCUCAGGUCAGCUACAAAAAAGUCCCGACCAAUGCCCUUAUGCAAGCGAUUCAGUUGGGCAUCGCCAAUUCGAUUGGUUCGUUUUUUUUUUUGUUUCUUUGAAGUCUUUAGUUUUUAUGGACCUAAAAAUGAGGUUUUUGAUCAUUUUUUCAUUCAAGAAUUGUGUUAGUUUAACCAUUUUUGAACUUUUUCCUAGAAAAUAUGAUCAAGAAUUUUUUUCCAGGAAGUUUGGCCUCGAUGCCGAAUCGGGACCUCCUCCUGCAAGACUUUGAAAAAGUCGAUAAUGUCAAUUUUCCGGCGUUAGUUUUUUUCUAAAUUUUGAUUUUUUUAUAUUAUGUCAGCAAGGAAAGUUAUUUUUUUCAAAUAUUCUUCAUGAACUUCUAGCCAAUGGGAACCUUAUAAUUUUUCGCUCAAUCUUUGAAAGUUUUUCGAAAAAAAGAUGCUGUUUUUUUAAAUAUUUUUUUACCUUUUUCUAAUGUCUUUUUUUCUCUCCAAAAAAAUGAAUUUAAAUCAGUUUUUGAUCUUUAAAUUACGAUUUCCUCAGUAAAUCUCAUUUUUUUGAGAAUUCUGUUUUUUUAUUAUUUUUUUUAUAAGAAACAUAGGAAUUAAACCGAAAUUUGAGGAAAAUCCAUAAUUUCAAGGCUUUCUCAUUUUUUUGCAGUUUUUUUCGUUAUUUUUUUCAAUCAAAAGGCUUUCGAAACUCUUUUUUUAUAUUUUUUUCAUUUUUUUCAAGGUUUGAAUAUUUUUUUCAGAGCUCGAUUUUUUUCAAUUUUUUUCAUUGGAAAUUUGAGUCGUAGAAGCCUUGAGACCUGUAUUUUUCCCGCUUUUUAUAAGAAAAAAAGGUGUGAAUUUAGCCAAAAAAAUAGAGAAAAAAAUGUAACAUUUCUUUCUCAAUGUAUUUUUGUGCAUUAUUUCAACUAAAAUUCGUUUUUUUCUGAUCAUUUUUACGAUCAAAAAAAUCGUUCUCAACACUCGUUUUCAUAUAUUUUUAUUAAUUGUUCGAGGUUUGAUGAUUUUUUUCAGAGAGAAAUAGAGCCAUUAAAUUCGAUGUUUCAUUAGAAAUUUAAGUUUUAGAAACGUUGAGAACUAAUCAUUUAUCGAUCAAAAAUGUUAUCAAAGCUCAUUUUUUAUGUUUUAUCAAUUUUUUGGGCUUUGAAAUGUUUUACGAUGAAAAUUGUAGUUGAAAAAUGAGUUCCGCGAAAAAUUUAGUUUUAGAAGCCUUGAGAACUUUUUUCGAUCAAAAAUGUCCUCGAAACUCAAUUUUCCUGUAGUUUAUUCAUUUAUCAAGCUUUCAGAGCCGGCUCGCCAACGACGCCGUCGCAUUCGUUCGGCGAUUUCCGUUUCCGAACCUACGCCCCAAUCGCAUUUCGAUACUUUCGCGAUCUUUUCCACAUCAAACCCGCCGAUUUUUUGGUAAUUUUCAAUCCAGAAAAAAAUUAUGAUGAGUUUUGAUCCACGUUUUCUGCCGGUUUUUGAGCCGCCCGAACCGUUUUUGACCCUGAAAUCGGUCUUUUUUGGCAUGAAAAUGAUGGAAAAUAUUUAAUUUCUCAAGCGAGUAGUCAGAAAGAGUGCUCUAUGGCAUAUUUGAGCUUUCCCAGGUGAAAUAAAUGAAAAAGGAAAUCACGCCAUAAAUUUGUUUUUAACGCACUACAGGGGCUUCCUAAAACACGCCAUAAUGUUUUUACGUUUGUUUUGAACCUGAAGUCAAUCUUUUUUGGUUUAAGAGGGUAAACAUGUUCUAAAGAAUAUCAGGAAAAUGUGCUCCAUUGCUAAUUUGAAAUUUCCCGGGUUAUAUACUUCGAAAAACGUCGUAAAUCGUUCAAAACGCACUAAAGGAAUUCUAUAAAACACGCCAUGAAUUUUUCAAAAAGCACUACAUAUAUUUCUUCUGAACAUUUCAAUAGAUAUGAUAAAAUUAAUUCAAAAAAUCAUUCUGAAGUCAGGAAAAAGUUGGAAAAUUCUGUUAAAUCAUAUUUCGGUUUCACAUCGGCUAAUAAAAAUGGCGAGAACGCUUUUAAGCAAUAAUUAGUUUGAACGGCUAUGCUUAAAAAAAAAUUAUCGUCCUAACACGCCUUCUGGGCCCCAAUUUUUAAAUGACCGCACUUGGAAUGGCUCGAAGUCUUGCGGAUUCUGCGUAACUCGUUUUGGGUCGGGCGCUUUUUUGAAACGUUCUGAGCCAUUCCAAAUGCGGCCAAGGGGUUCCAAAACAUGAGUAGAAAAGUAGAACAUAGUUUAUUUAAAAAAUGAAGCAGUUUAGUGAAAUAGUAUGCAAAAAUGAGAGUUUUAGACGUCUUUUCUAGAAAAAUUGUCGAAAAUAAAAUAUUCAUAUACCCACCUGACCACGCGCGAGCAAGUAAAGAAUCGCCGAAAAUGUAAAAAACGACGAAAAAUACGAUGUUAAACGUCAGGAAAGUGAUGGAGUUCAGGUAGAAGGUAGCUGGCGAAUAGGCCAUUCUGAAAAUUUGCUUUUUUACGAGUUAGGAGAUUCUGACGUGUCUGCGCUCUCUUUUCUCUCACCGAUAAGGUGAGAGAAUCGUAGAAAUAGUAGGUGAAAGUGAGAGGGCGCAGAGAAAUCAGAGUUUUUUAAUUUCGGAAAAAAAAAACUGAGAGGCUAGCCUACAACAGUCGCAUAUCCAUCGAAACAAUUAUUUAUGAGUUCGGACAUUCUGACCUGUCUGCGCUCUCUUUCCUCUCGCCGAUAAGGUUAGAGAAUCAUCAAAAUAGUAGGUAGCCCUGAGAGGGCGCAGAGAAAUCACUAUUUUUGAAUUUUUGGUGAAAAAAUUAUCUUAAUUGAAACUUAUUGAACACCCAUGAGUUAGGACAUUCUGACCUUUCUGCGCUCUCUUUUCUCUCGCCGAGAAGAUUAGAGAUAGUGUGACUAGUAGGUAGCCAUGAGAGGGCACAGAGAAAUCAGAAAUUUUCAAUUUUUGGUGAAAAACUGAUCUUAAGAUUGACCUACAAUUGUCGCAUAUCCAUUGAAUUUUUUUUUUCAUAUAUCUAUGAAUUAGGAAACUCUGGCCUGUCUGCGCUCUCUUUUCUCUCACCGUGAAGGUUAGAGGAACGUAGAAACAGUAAGUAGCCAUGAGAGAGCACAGAGAAAUCAGAUUUCUUGUUAAUUUCGGACUGGUGGUACGACAAAAUGUGAUUUUUUUUUUUUUCGAAGAUUACGGUAUGUGAAAGUCCGCAAUUAACCUGUGCACGUGGUGUGUUUGCACAUUCUGAAUUCUGCAGUUUUGCUCUGAAUUUUAUCGGAAAAGGUCACAACUAUGGGCAACAUAAACUAUAAGAAAAAAUUGUGACAUAGAAAAAUUGUGCAAACACGCACAGUGCACACGCCAAUUGCGGACUUUCACAUACCGUACUCUUCGAAAUCGUCUCCCGAAACUGACCUGCUACAUUCGCAUUUAACAGUUAUCGUAUUAUUGAUUAACAGUUCAUUGAAAGUUUUUUUCGCCGUCGCUCUUGCUUCUUCCAUCGUUGUUAGGAAAUGAAGUACUUUUCACGGAUUUUUCUUUUUUUGGCUUUUUUUUCUGAAUUUGUAACGAAUCAUAAACGUACUUUGAGAAGCCUUGAUUCUACUGACAAAAUUUUUGAAGCGUAAUUUAGUUUUUCCUGAACCGAAACUUGAGUUUUUUGGAACGUUUCUGGAUUUUUAAGCCAUUCCAAAUGCGACCAUCGAUUUUUGAAAAAUCAGAAAAUACGGCUAGUAAAGUGAAACUUUCAAAGAGGUAGAGAUCAUUUGGAAUUUGUUUAAAAUAAGCGUCAGGCUGGGCGACACGGGCAGAAGCGUGCGGGCUCGGGCUUAGAAAAUGGCGGGACGGGUCAGCCCGGGCAGGAGCGGGCGGGCUCGGGCUUAGCAAAUGGCGGGACGGGUCGGCCCGGGCAGAAGCCGGCAGGCUCGGGCUUAGCAAAUGGCGGGACGGGUCGGCCCGAGCAGAAGCGGGCGGGCUCGGGCUCAGCAAAUGGCGGGACGGGGCUGGCCUUCGCAUAA